AUGACCACCGUCUGCCAGACGCCCAAUUCCCCGCCCGAAUUGUCGGGGUCCAAGUCCUCCAAAUCCUCCUCCUUCCACUCCUCGUCACAAUUAGACGGCCCCGACAGCAUUUUCACGGACAUUUCAAAUUUCGAGGAUAUCGGCUUGGAGGAUGAUGCCGAAUUUUCGCAAGUGGACCCGGCCACGGCUCCGUAUGGCCGGCCUGGGGCUGGCGUGAUGGCGCGGUCGCCCACGGCCAGAAUGGUUAGCAAGAGCCCGGCCGCCACGACACGCGACUUGACUGCUACCCCGAAGCCUCGCAAACGAAGCCCUCUUCCUCCGAGCCGCAACCAGAUCAAUGGAGCUAUCAGCACCCCCCAGUCCGCAGGCUCCCUUACCGCCAGAGCCAGCGGUAGGAGGGACUCGAUCGGUGGCGGCCAUUCGCCCAACUUGACGCCGUCUCAGCCUCAUCGGUCACGGUCAAUCUCACCUUUGCGUCCGUCCAGUCGCUCGGCUUCGAGCUCCAGCUUGGCACUGUCGCCGCUCUCUGCGCGAACCCCCACAGCAAAACAAACCUGGCAACCCAAUCGCAAGUCCCUCAAAGAUCUGGAGGAGGAAUAUCAUGAUUCCGAUGAUGAACUACCGGACGAUGCGAGUCUCUGGAAUAUACCCAUCUCUCCACGCCCUGCGCACGAUCGCCCUCAAUCUCGCAACCCCAGUCCCAACGGCCGCAGUCCGGGGCCCCCGCGCCCACUCCCAUUUUCCCAUACCGUGUCAGACUCAACCGUCCGACGGUCACCAUCUGCGUCAAGGGAAGCACGCAUGAAACGGCCCAUGCAGCGUUCGAGUUCCGCGGGCCCUGAACGGGGGCAAAUCUCGCCCCGCAACCCUCGCGCGUACUCCUACAACAGUUACAUGUCGGAUCUGUCAGAGGAAGCAAAGAUCAUUACCGAGGCUCUUGAACAUCACGCGGAUGAGAGUGGCCGUAAGCAUGAGGAAUCAGUGCAAAAUGGCGCAGAGCCGCGAAAGUCGAGCUCGGAUUCCCAUGCAGGGUCUCAGGCCACCAUUGAGCUGCCCCCGGUCCAAAAGUCGAACAUAAUGAUCGACCCGUUGCCGAUAAGCAAGGAGAAGGAAAAAGUGUUGACGAGGACGCGUCCCAGCUGGCUCCCGCCCAAGGACCAGAAGGAAGAAAAGAAACAUUUGAAGGAAUAUAAGCAAAUGAUGGCGCAAUCGCAGGAAACCGAAAAACGCAAAGCUGCUCGUGCUGCGUCUGCCCAAUGUGAGAAGGAUACCACCCGAGAGACGCUCCAGAGUCUUUGGGAUCAAUAUGUCUGCCCUCAGUGGGAACGUGCUCUGCGCGAGCCUCGCACUCGAGAGCUCUGGUGGCGCGGAGUUCCUCCACGUAACCGUGCCGCCAUAUGGCGACGCGCUAUUGGCAACGAACUAGAGUUGAGCGAGGAAACAUUCACCAAAGCGUUACAACGAGCCAGGGAUUUGCAGAAUAAGAAAGAGGCGGAUCCGAACGAGAAGAACAAGCGACUGCUGGAAUGCUUUGAUGCAAUCCAAGCAGACGUGCCGAAGGCCUUCCCGGACCUGAAUCUCUUCUCAGAGAGCGGGCCGUUGCGAGAAACCCUCAUCAAUGUCCUGCAGGCGUAUUGCAUGUACCGCAGCGACGUGGGGUACAUCCAUGGCCUUCACACCAUUGCUGCUCUUCUUGUCCUCCAAUUACCGACCCCCGCCUCUGCCUUCCUGGCCAUGGCCAACGUUCUCAACCGGCCUCUCCCAGUCGCCUUCCUCACAUGGGACCGUGGCGCCAUGGCGCGUACCUACGGACUGGCUUCCGACACGUUGCGUUACAAGUACCCGCGCCUAGCAACUCACCUGCGCGAAACGCUGCGUCUCUCCGAGGAGGAAAUCUGGGAGCCCAUUUUCCGCACCCUUCUCACCAACGGCCUCGACCUCGACCGCAUCUCCCGUGUUUGGGACUGCUGGGUUUUCGAGGGCGAUCGCAUCAUGAUUCGCUCUGCCGUGGCUAUUCUCAGUUGUCUUCAAGCGCAGUUGUUUUCCUUCCACCAGCUGGAUGACCAGUCUCGGAUUACCGUGCGCAACAUCCUCGGCUGGGGACCCCGCCAUGUCGGGGCCAACAACCAGAAGCCCAAAGACCGCCACAGUGCUCCCGCUGCGGCGGGCUUUGGCGGCGGACAAAUAAUGAAUCCCGGUGUCGCUGAUUACUGGGUUCUCACUGCUGCUGGUAACGAGGAUGGGUUUAUGGAUGCGGUCAGAGAAGCUGGGAAAGUGCGGCAGUAG